AUGUUUACCAAUAAGGACCCACGUGUCUGUUGUAUACUGCGUGGGAUAGAGAAAUGCCUCAUUGUGCCAGCAGCCGAGCUUGGGCACUUGGGUCUGGGAACGGACCCUCCGAUGUGGUCCUUUUAUUUAAUCGCGCAAAUCCUUGGCGAUCCAAAGACAGGCCGCCUAUCGUUAUCCGGAAUAUCUCCACAUAUCAUGUUGGAGACAGGAGGGAAGUGCCGCCCUGCUCCUAUAAUGAUUGAUUCAGAUAAGGCGCUUAGAUGGAACAUCGAUUCUCAUAUAGCCAAUCUCUUUGAGGUCGACUACAAUAGAGCGAACAGUGCGCUUAUUGGAUAUUUCCUGGGACACGGUGUUGCGAAGCAGGACCUACCGGACCGUACACUUUGGAUGCUGGACCUAGUCCAUGACACUUGUGACUAUCCAUACUAUGACAAUACGGCACCUUGGAUCAAGCAGAACAGUCCCAGUUGUACGGCAGGAAUUUCUAAUCGAACACACAUAUCCUCGAGUCGACUUAUGACUCAUGAUAUCCAAAUACUGGUCACAAUGGCUACUCAAGGGCACGAGAAACCUAUUGGCCACCCGGUGGAGUUGCGUUCUAUUGUUGCUGAUAUUUCUAUCGAAAUCUUAAUGGUCAUCAUCGAUACGAUCUACCACAGCUGUCCACCUGGUCACGAGAGAACUUUCGAUAUUCGCAACAGGUGCUGUAAACUUAUUCUUGUAUUCGAGGUGCAAGAUGUGAUUCAAGCAGGAACACAAAUCAACUGGGCAUAUCUUUGCCUUGGGUUACAUGAGCUAUUCUUGCAAGAGGACUGGUACUGCAAUGGUGGAUUGUAUUUUCGAGGUCGGAUCCUAUAUCUAAUUGAAUGCAUACGAGGGAGCCUUUCGAACACUACCUAA